AAAUCCUAUGUAUUCGAAAAUUUGCAACUUUACUUUGUGGGCAUGCACUGUAUAUAUAAAGUGUAAAACAAGGAGACAUGAUGUAGAAUUAACAUUUGAGACUUUUUCCAUAUUUUUGUUUCUCAAUUUGACAUUUCAUAUAAGUUAUCUAAUACUUACAUAUUAAAUUUCUCUGUUGUUACGUUAUGUUUUUUUGCUAUGGCUUUGUAUGUGGUAGUGGAGAGGUAUUGUGGCAGCCAGAGGGAGCCUUGGGCUCAGAGCAGCAGGAGCAUGAGUCAGGAGGAGAGAAAAGUCAGAGACACAAACCGGAGGCAGAGCUUUCAGACCUUGGACUACUAUCAGUACUCUCAGACACUGGACAGCUCCCUGUCAAUCCAGGCCUUCUCCUGCUGGAAUUCCUCACUCGAAAGGCAGACGUCUCAGACUGAAGCCUAUUAUCAGUGCUUACAGCCUUAUUCCCACAGAAAGUACUCCGAACCCCCUGCUUACCAGUCAAGCCAGGCUCCUUCAUCCACUCAGCAUUUGGUUUCUGAGACAGCAGCAUGUUACGCCCGUAGAGACAGAUACACUCCAUCCCUCCAAAUACCUGAGAGACUUUCUGAACAUCAGUGUAGAAUCUCCACUGAAGAAAUCAGGCCAUCUUUCAUCCUCAGUCUUAGUCCAGAUGAGGUAAUGUUCCCCACAGUGGAACACUCAAAUACCCAUAAAGAGGAGCCUGGGUUGGCUUGUCAUCCAGUCUCAUCCUGCCUUAAAAGGCGAAACCACAAGUUGCGCUCCUGCCACACUGAAAACCCUCAAACAUUGAGUCAAACUGUGACUGAAACAGCAGAGAAGCACCACAUAGAAGGAGCACUAGUGCAGUGUGUGCCCACCAGAUUAGUCCUGGGUGACACCACUGCUGAUAACCUGGACAGAACCACAGAGGAAAGAGUAGUUGUGUUGGAGUUUGGAUUUGGAGUGGGAACAGAGAGCAGGACAAAGGCAGGCAUUGAGGAUAAGAUGGAGACAGAACAGCCCCACUGUUCUGAAUUCCAGCUAAGAAAUAGACAGUGUGAGACGGAUUAUAGAGAAGUCAAAGAGUUAUCUAGAAGAGACACUAAGCCAGGAGAGAGGAGGAUAGACAGAGAUGAGUCAGUGAUGCCACUUGUGGACAGUGAAGAUGAGAGUACAUCUACAGGUAAAUGGAUGAUUGGUGAUGCAUAA